AACAUAAGGCCAAUACGUUGCCAGUGAAUCACAGACACAAAAUUGAGCCAUUAAUGAACGGAGUCGGAGGCAAAUUGCAUAUCAGUGUCGUCCAUAAGGCACUGGAUGCUGGCGAGUACAUCUGCACUGUUAAGGGCCCUAAUGGUAAGGCAGUGAAGGGAAGUAUUAUACUUAACGUACGGCUGGCCCCGCAAAUCGACGAGCACUCGCUGCCCAAUCACAUCAGCACUAAGCAGGGGAUGCGAGUGAAGCUCAUGUGCUCUAUCGUCGAGGGCGACCCUCCCAUCGACAUCCGGUGGUUCAAAGGCAUCGCACCAGUCGUGGCCACCGAAACCAUUUCCCUCCAGAACUCCGAAGACUAUUCGCUGCUCACCUUCAAGAGUGUUACUCAUGAGGAUAUGGGCAACUGGACGUGUAAGGCUUGGAAUGACGUGCAGAGCACUAACCGAACGGUGCAUUUGGUGGUCAAUGUGUCGCCGACCUGGAGGAUUGAGCCCAAGAAUGUGAACGUCGUUUUGGCCAGAAGUGUGUCCAUUGACUGCUCGUCGGAGGGGUCGCCCACUCCCCGGAUUUCGUGGAAGAAAUCUAUUAUUUCAAAUGUGGCUCAAGAGCUGAGUUUAGCCGACAAGAACGCCAUCGUGUCGUCGGCGCCAGCGCUGCCAACCCUGCCCUCUGACUUCAAAGACAUAUUAUCCAGUUAUCGACAUCAGGUCUAUGCGAACGGAACGCUCUUUAUACAAGAAGUAGACAAAUCUGACGCUGGAUUUUAUAUGUGCAAGAUAAGCAACGGAAUCGGCGCCGACUUAAGUAAAGUGAUCCAACUGUACGUCCAAAUGCCCCCUCAUUUCGAGUCAAAGUUCACGAGCGAAACGGUCAGCAAAGGGACGACAGCUAUACUGAAGUGCAAAGCACGAGGAGAUCCAGUGAUGAAAGCCAUCUGGCAGAAAGACAAACAAGUGAUCGAUUCCAGCGUUGAUAAGAGGUUUAGUGUGAAGGAGGAGAUCAUAUCACCCCACAGUCUCAUCUCAUAUCUGGAGAUCGAAAAUGUCGGUCGUUAUGAUUCGGCGCUCUUUACUUGCAUUGUGUCCAACAGUUUCGGAAACGACGACACAAACAUCCAGCUCAUUGUCCAGGAAGUGCCCGAACCCCCACACGAAGUGCAAGUUAUGGACAUCACCAGUCGCUCAGCGGUUGUCGUAUGGAAGGCCUCCUUCUCGGGCAACAACGCUGUCAUCAAAUAUAUCAUUCAAUUCAGAAAACUUUGUUUAUUGGAAACGGAUUGGGAAGAGAUGGCGACAAAUACUGGUAACGACUUCCGGGUGAUCGCUCGUCCGCUGCAACCGAUGUGUAAAUACGAGCUCCAGAUUAGGGCCGAGAACUCAUUGGGCAGAAGUGAUCCGAGUGUUAUCACCACAUUCACCACCAGUGAAGAGGUCCCCGGAGGACCGCCUACUGACGUGACGGCUGAGGCCACGUCCUCCACGUCGCUGAAGAUCCGAUGGAAACCUCCGGCAAAGCACUUACAAUACGGCGCUAUUAAGGGAUAUUAUAUCGGAUAUAAAGUGGCGAACGAUAACAGCGAACAGUUCUCCUAUAAGAGUGUGGAGUCGACCCCUAAUAACGAUGAGAACAGAUAUGAGAUGAGCUAUAUAUCUAACCUCAAGAGAAAGACUUAUUACACGGUUAUCCUUCAGGCCUACAAUAGCAUAGGCGCCGGUCCUCGAUCUGAUGAGAUCAAAGUACUGACACUCGAGUCCCAACCCCCGCGAUCACCACUACUUGAAGUGGUCACCACAUCCGUCGACUCCAUAACACUUCGAUGGGAUAUCAAUGAAUUGGAUUCAGAGGAGAAGGAGUUUGUGUUGCAUUUCAAAGAGGAAAAGGCGAUUCAGUGGACACAGAAACGGCUCAAAACAAAACGCAAUCACUUUGUGUUGGAUUCAAACGACGGCAAAACUGCCGUUAAAUGCGGGACCAAAUACUUGCUGUACAUGACGGCCACCAAUAGCUUGGGAACGGGAGAACCAAGCGAAACCAUAACGACAUCGACUAAAGGUGCGGCUCCGGUAUCGCCGUCGAAGGAUGAGUUCAUUUACCCAAACUCUACGUCAGUGGCCCUCAAACUCAACAGUUGGCUGUCCGGCGGAUGUCCUAUCAAUUACUUCACCAUUAAAUACAAACUUUCACAUCAAAGGCAGUGGAUUAUCUUAAAGGAGAAGCUGUCCAAUAGAUACGAUCCGUUCCUUAUCUAUCAAUUAAGUCCCGGACAUGAAUACGAUCUCUAUGUCGGCGCCCACACCGACGCCGGCAUCACAGAAGCCGAGUAUCGGUUCAUAACUCCCAACACAUCUCUAGUGAUAAAAAUUGGUUCAAUAAACCCGCCGACAAGUGUGGUCUCCCAGUCGACGGCCUCCCUCUCCCUCUUCCAUAACGUGACAAUUAUGUUACCGAUUGUCAUAUCAAUCGUAGUGUUGAUCGCAGUCCUGUCCACUCUGUUUGCGUUUAUGCGGAGACAGCGGUCGGCCAACCAAUCCGUCAAUCAUAUGGACCCAAGAAAUUCAAUACCGAAGAGCGAGCUCUCGAGCGAAAUAUUUCCGUUAAAUGAUUUCGUGAGAAGCAAUUCAAAGCCCAAGAUCUUCGAGAACAACAUGAGUGGUCAGCCCACCGACAUCUACGGCAAGACCACCUCAUACUACGCCACUCCCAACCGACGCAACUCCGGCGUCAACCAUCAGAUGAUGGGCCGACACGUGGCCAACAGUGACCACGAAUACGCCGAACCGCACACACAGUACGCGCAGCCCCGGUGUCUGUUCAGCGACGACACUGAGUGCACCAAUUUGUCUACCUGUGCCUUAAUGGUACCCAACACUAGACUCUGAGCUCCACUUCCCCUCACUCGUGAAGCCCUAUCGUGUACUUCGGACUCAAUUUUAUUUAAAUAAUUAAAUUUUUAUAUAAAUUUCAAAUGAUUGUCUCAAUUAAUUUGGAUACCUUUUACGAUG